AUGAGUAUUGCUAGUUCUAACAACUUAGAUUUUAUCUUUCUCUCUGAAACCAAAAGUCAUGUCUCUUUUUUAGAGUCAAGUUUUUCUAGACUAGGGUUUCAUGAGUGCUCAGGCCUUAAUUCUGAUGGUAGUAAAGGAGGUCUCUUCUUAUGUUGGUCUAGAAGAGUUGUAGUUGAAAUUGUAGAAACCUCCGCUAAUUAUGUAUGUUGUAAGACAGCUGAUGAAGCUGAUAAUGAGUACUAUAUUGCCUUUGUUUACGGAUUGCCUUACCUUGCUAAUCGCUCUGAAAUCUGGACAAAACUGUCACAAAUCAUGGACACUCAUGAAGGGAAAUGGUUGUUAAUAGGAGAUUUUAACCAGGUUGAAAGCAAACACCAAAAAAUAGGGGGAACUCACUCACUACAAGGUGCAAAGAACUUCAUUGAUUGGAAAUUCCACAAUAAGCUCAUAGACAUCCCAUACCAAGGAGUUAGUUUUACAUGGUCAAACAACAGAUCAGGAACAGAAGCUAUACUAGAAAGGAUUGAUAAAGCCUUCUGUAAUAGCAACUGGAAAGAUAGUUUUAAUGAUGCAGAAAUCUGGAAUCUACCUAUUCUUCUUUCUGAUCACAGUCCAAUAAUCUUACAUCUCAAUGGAACGCAAAUAAAAAGGAAAAGGAGACCAUACAAACUAGAAGCUUGGUGA